AUGGCCUCCAGCAGCACGGGGGGAGCGGCGUUGGAGCUGGAGCGGGCGCUGCGUUGCUGCACCGCCGCCUCCGUGGUGACCGACGGCGGCGGAGGAGGAGGAGGAGGGACGGCGGAGGACGAGCGGAGCCUGUACAUCAUGCGGGUGGUGCAGAUCGCCGUCAUGUGCGUCCUCGCCCUCACCGUCGUCUUCGGCAUCUUCUUCCUCGGCUGCAACCUCCUCAUCAAGUCCGAGGGGAUGAUCAACUUUCUGGUCAAGGACCGCCGGCCGUCCAAGGAGGUGGAGGCGGUGGUGGUGGGACCCUACUGA